UUCAAACGUAUCUCUGCUGCCUACACAUUGAAGAAAAUAUUACCAUAUAUUAUUCUAUGAAAUGUUAUGUCAAAUUUUGACAGGAAUAAUAAAAAUAUUUUUUAAGUAGUUAAUGGGUUAAAAUUGUACAAAAGGUACAAUGGGUAUGAAAACCAAAACUGGCAUUUGUGCGAUCAGCCUUACUGCGACUGCAUUUCUAUUUGUUCUUCUGGCAUUUGUGACUCCCUAUUGGCUUGUAAAUGAUGGGAAAAUUACCAGACCCAUGUUUGAAAAGAUUGGAUUGUGGGAAGUCUGCUUUAACCAGUUUGAGGAUUUUCGUCAUCAUUAUGAUUACAAAUUUACCGGUUGCUGGUGGGUAUUUGAAGAAGAAUACUACAUUAUUGACGAUUUUUUACUACCUGGAUUUUUCAUCGCAACACAAUUUUUUUUUACCCUUUGUAUGACGUUAGUGCUGAUAGUGGCAUUCCUGACUUGGAUGUAUUGUUUCUGCAGUAGAGAUCAUGAUAAGUACCUUUUAUUGCUCCUGAGCAAUGGCGCAAAUGCAGUGCUAGCAGGUUUUUGUGGAUUAAUAGCUGUUUUAAUAUUUGGAUGCAAUGGAGAUAAUAGAGAUUGGAUGCCUUAUUGGAAAAAUAAUGAUCUAGGCUGGUCAUAUGGUUUAGCAUGUGUUGGAUCACUGCUUUUGUUUCCUGCAGGAUUAUUAUUUUUAGUUGAAGCUCGUAGAGCGAAAUAUAGGAAAUUGCAGGGUUCCGCCCCUCAAUCCCAUUAUGAGAUAGAGGUGCAAAAAUCUGAGCCAUACCACACAGAUAUUUAAAUAUGUUUUACUUAUUCAUAAAAAAGUACAUUAAAUUUUUGUAAUAUUAAUAUGGUUGUAGUGCAGAUAAUCUAAAUUUAUCUGUCAAGUACUUUAAUAAUUUGUCUCUUUUGAUUGAAUCUCAUUUGUUUUUUAAUGAGAAAAGUAAUUAAUUCUUGCGAAAUUAGUUUCUUUCCUUUAAUCAGUGCAAUUAUUUAACUCAGUAGUAUUAAUGCUAUCAUAACUCACUAAAUGUAUUAUGCUUCCAGAUUGGCACAGUAUUCAUUUGCAUUUUUGUAAUACUUUAUAGUUUUUUACAAACACGGGAAUGUGAACCUCAUUUGGUAGUAUUAUUAAGAAUUAUAAAAUACAGUAUUUGUGCCUUUGUAUUUAAAAAAUAUAACAUACAUCUUAACUUGUUAAAUAUUUAACUUUUAGUUAAUUUAUAGUGUGGUUUUGUAAAAAAGAGGUGGCUUUAUUUAAUUAGCAGUAAGAUUUUGCAAAGUUAUUAUUUUUAUAAUAAAUGGAAAUUAGUUAAAAAUGUCUUUUUGU